AUGCCGACAAAUAACAUCACUAGCGGAUACGACGCGACACAAUCUGACACAAAUCCAAAACGAAAACGCCUCAACAAAUGGCGAAAAGAAAGCACUGCAAACGUCCAAGAGAAGGCACCAACAAAUGACGAAGAAAAUGUGCUGACAAGCGGCAAAAAGACACCGAAAAUCGCGAAGAGAAU